AUGGAUAUAAAUAAAAGAUUUAAAAGUCACAACUUAACAGUUCUAAAAACUGUUGGUAAGGGAACAUACGGGAAUGUUUAUUUGUGUAAACGCAAAGAUAAUACUUUGACAAUUGUAAAGGAAAUAGAACUAAACAUAAAAUUUCAAGACCAUGAACAGGAUAUCAUCAAUGAAAUUAAUAUUCUGUCAUGCUUAAAUCAUGUAAAUAUUAUAAAGUUCUACUCAUACUAUAAUACCGACAAUCAUGUUAUGAUAUCCAUGGAGUACGCAUCUUCUGGUAAUUUAGCUGAAUACAUGUACAAACGAUCCCCAAAACUGUUGCAGCAGCAGGAAAUCCUGUUCUACUAUUGUCAAGUGUUAUUGGGUGUUGACUACAUUCACAGCAAAAAUAUCAUUCAUAGAGAUUUAAAAGCAGAAAACAUUCUUUUGACUGGAAAAUGCGGCGUGGUGGUCAAAAUAGGUGAUUUCGGCAUUUCUAAAAUGUUGGCUAGUGCCAAGAAAACUUCCACAGUCAUCGGCACCCCAUAUUACUUAGCGCCUGAGUUGUGUGAAGGCAAACCAUACGAUAACAAGAGUGAUGUUUGGGCUUUAGGUUGUCUACUCUAUGAGAUGUGUACACAUAAAAGAGCUUUCGAGGCGGAGACUUUAGUGGGAUUAGUAAAAGCAAUCACUAGCGGCAGUGUCCAUCCACUUGACUUGACAACAUACGAUAGAAGCAUGCAGGAUCUUGUGGACUCCAUGUUGUCAAUCUUACCUGAUAAAAGACCAACUGUGAAGGAGCUGAUGGGACGAAGGGUACUCCUGCCAACUAUUUAUACUAUAUUUUUGGACGCCGGCAACGAAGACCUAUUAUAUUUAAAAGUUAAAGAAUUUAAUUAA